UAUAUAUAUGCUUAUAUCAUUCUCUUUUUCUCUCACACAACAAAUCCUUUCAUUAAUCUUCAAUCAUGGGUUACUACACGUUGUUUCUCACACUAACGUGUGUACUAUGUUUCAAUACAAUUUUUGUAAGAUCAAAAGAUAGCAAUUUACAAACAUAUAUUGUACAUGUUGAGUUGCCUUCAUUCCCAACUCUAACCACUAGUAGUCUUCUUACGGAAGACUUGCAAGCCUAUUACCAAACAUUUCUAGCGUCCACUUUAUCAGCCUCGUCGCCGUCGACCGAUGAGCCGAGCAUAAUCUACUCCUACCAUAACGUUUUCCAUGGCUUUUCGGCCCGAUUAUCGCCCGAGCAAGUUAAAGCAAUGGAGAAAAAGCCCGGUUUCAUCUCGGCUCGGCCUCAGAAGACACUCUCCCUCCACACAACCCAUUCACCCAACUUCUUGGGCUUGAAUCAAAACACCGGAUUUUGGAGGGAUUCGAAUUACGGUAGAGGCAUGAUCAUCGGAGUAUUGGACUCCGGUGUGAACCCUAACCACCCAUCGUUCAACGACGAUGGGAUGCCCCCGCCCCCUGCUAGGUGGAGGGGGCGGUGCGAGUUCAACUCCACCAUUGCGCGGUGCAACAACAAGCUCAUCGGUGCUAGAUUCUUCACGAUAGGCGACGGGACCCCGUCUGAUGAGGACGGGCACGGGACCCACACCGCCAGCACCGCAGCCGGGAAUUUCGUGCCGGGCGCCAACGUGUUCGGCAAUGCGAACGGAACUGCGGCUGGGGUCGCACCUCUCGCUCAUGUAGCUACCUAUAAGGUUUGUACUACUACUUGCGAGGAGAGCGAUAUAGUGGCUGCGAUGGAUGCUGCAAUCGACGACGGCGUCGAUAUCAUUUCUCUAUCACUCGGUGGGCCCGCUCAAGAUUUUUUUGGUGAGAACAUUGCGGUGGGGGCUUUUAGUGCAAUCGAAAGAGGUAUAUUUGUGAGCGCCUCGGCCGGAAACAAUGGCCCAUUUUAUGGUACUGCCCAAAAUGGUGCUCCGUGGAUUCUCACCGUUGGGGCUAGCUCGGUCGACCGGAAAAUCCGGGCGACCGCAGUCCUCGGUAACAACGAAGAGUUAGACGGAGAAUCGACAUUUCAGCCUUCCGAUUUUCCGACGACUCUCUUGCCUCUUUUUUACAGCCCGAACGACUCAUUUUGCUCGCCCGCGUCUUUGAGAAGCCUCGAUCUUCAGGGGAUGAUCGUUUUGUGCGAUAACGGAGGAGGGAUCGGACGAAUCGCGAAAGGCCGGGCCGUCAGAGCCGCCGGUGGUGCCGCCAUGGUAAUCGUCAACCAACAACGUCAAGGCUUCACCACAAACUCCGAUUCCCACGUUCUCCCGGCCACACAUCUCAGCUACACCGACGGGUUGAGAGUCAAGGCCUAUCUAAACUCAACGGCGUCGCCGACGGCCACGAUUUCGUUCAAAGGGACCGUAAUCGGCGACGACCGCGCCCCGCAGGUCGCGGCGUUUUCCGCACGGGGCCCGAACCCGCCGAGCCCCGGCAUCUUGAAGCCCGACAUUAUCGGGCCGGGCCACAACAUUCUUGCCGCGUGGCACGUCUCGGUCGAAAACAACACCGGCACGAAUUCCAACUUCAACAUCAUAUCCGGAACCUCAAUGUCGUGCCCCCAUCUCAGUGGAGUCGCGGCACUUCUGAAGAGCGUGCACCCUGAUUGGUCGCCGGCCGCAAUAAAGUCCGCCAUAAUGACCACCGCCGACCUAGUCAACCUCGCCGGCAACCCGAUCGAGGAUCAAACACAAAGCCGAGCCGAUGUUUUCGCCAUUGGCUCCGGUCACGUCAAUAUACUCAAGGCAACCGAUCCAGGGCUCGUUUACGACAUGGGCCCGCAGGAUUACGUGCCGUACCUUUGCGGAUUGAACUACACGGACCAACAGGUGGCGGUAAUCGUGAACCGUGUCGUUAGGUGCGCGGAGAUUUCGAGCAUACCCGAAGCGGAGUUGAACUAUCCUUCGUUUUCCGUUGUUAUCGGAAACACUUCCACAACGUAUAACAGGACGGUUACGAAUGUCGGCGAGGCGAACUCGGUCUACACCGUUCGAGCCGCGUUACCGCUCGUCGACGUCAGGGUGGAGCCCACAACUCUCCAAUUUUCAGCGAUCAACCAAACGUUGACUUACCAAACGACUUUUACUAGAUCAUCUGGCAAUGCAACAAUAGUUAAUGUGUAUGUACAAGGAUUUCUUACGUGGACUUCUGCUAAGCACACGGUUAGAAGUCCUAUUGUCGGUUUUGUGGAGUGAUUCAAUGUGAAUCAUAGGAAUGGAAAUUAAUUAAUGUUCAAUAUAAUAAUUGUUUAAUACAAAAUUGUGGAAGAAAAUAAAAGUAUGCGAAUGAAGUCAAUUCUUUGACUGUUUCCAACAUGAGAGUGGCUUAAUAAUUUUUAAC